AUGGAAUUUCCCAUUAUUACUUUUCUCUUGCUUAUGAUAGUGGCAACUAGUGCUGAAACAUUACCACCUCAACUUUACUGGAAGUUCGUACUCCCCAACUCUCCAAUGCCAAAAGCCAUAACUAAGAUGCUUCCCAACUCUCCAAUGCCAAAAGCCAUCACUAAUCUCCUACUCCCUGGUGUAGAUCUUGGAGUCAGAAAGGGUUACGAUGAUGGAGGUGCAUCUGAAGUAAAUACCAUAGAAUUAUCUAAUCCCUUAUUUUACCAUCAUGAUGAAAGUAUGGCUGAUGUAAAUUCCGAAGAAUUACCGGCUCCCUUUCAUUACAAUGAUGCUGCAAGUGAGACUCAAUCGCAUGGUAAACCAAGUGGAACAGUCUUCUUCUUAGAAACGGACUUGCUCCAUGGAACAACAUCAAGCUUGAAAUUCUCCAAGACCUUUUCAGAAAAUGAAGCAAAAUUCUUGCCUAGAGAUAUUGCUAAUUCAAUCCCUUUUUCAUCAAACAAACUGGAAUACAUACUCAACAAACUGAAUAUCAAAAAAGGGUCAAAGGGUGCUCGUAUGGUGCAGAACACAAUUAGUGUGUGUGAAGUGGAAAACAUCAAAGGAGAGAAAAAACUUUGUGUAACAUCAUUGGAGUCCAUGAUUGAUUUCAUUAUUUCCAAACUUGGGAGAAAUGUUGUGGCCCUUUCUACGGAAGGGAACAAAGAAAAUGAGUUUCAACAUUAUCAAAUAAUAUCACAAGGAGUGAAAAAGUUAGGGGAGGAAAACAAAGUUGUUGUGUGCCACAAAAUGAAUUACCCUUAUGCAGUGUUUUACUGUCACGAAACUGAUAAAACUAAAGUUUACUCGGCACCUUUGAAGGGUGCUGAUGGAAGCAGAGUUAAAGCUAUUGCUGUGUGUCACACUGAUACAUCAAAAUGGGACCCCAACCAUUUUGCAUUUCAAGUCCUCAAUGUUAAACCCGGGACUGUUCCGAUUUGCCACCUCCUUCCUCGUGAUAAUAAUGUUGCUUGGAUUUCAAACUAG